AUGCGGUCUUGCAGUGCACGUCUUUUUCUCCAGUCUUCCACCUUUCGGUGGACUUUACCACUCCUUUCGCAACUGAAAUACGUAACCUCCUUUCAUGAUUCAUAUAUCACCUCAAAUGACACCUCUUCUGUAGACGAGAUCGACAUUGCGUCCCAAAACUUUACCACAGGUUUUCCUACGUUGUUUCAUAACAAGAUACCGAACGAGAAAAAUAAUGAUCCUCGUCUCAAUGUCAAGCAUGAUUCUAUCAACAGAACAUCUGCAGUAGAUGAAGGUCAUGGUGUUGAUACUAUUCCUUUGACCUCGAAGAUCCCUCCCGCCGAGGACACUAUUGUGGCAAACGUUAAGCAAAAGCGAAAACCACGCAGCGUAAGGGCAUCGCGCAGUACAGACGCCACCUUUGAAGACAAUGGAAAGAAAACCGACGAAACUAAUAAGAUCCGAAGGCGACGAAGAAAAAUUCCGUCUGCAGAUAGCGAUGGGGGGCUUUCGGUUCCUAGCGAGUCCAGCAAAUCAAAUGUGACUGAGGUCUAA